GAAAGAUUCCACAACAGAGAGGAUGUGUGUCUUUUUCCUUUUACGUAGACCUCUACUGCGUUACGUGCAAUACAUUGAUCCAAAAGUCUUACGAAUUCGGAAACUUCAGAUUCAGCUCAGUCAGUAUUCCCAACUGGCUGGUGUCUUAGCCGUUAAUCAGCAGCAACAGUUGCUGCGUUCGAAGGAAAAUCCUAAUCUGCAGUGCCACGAUGCGAUGCGAGCCUUGGGCUGGCGAAGCUUUCACACCACCAGCAGCAUGUUGUCGGAGCAGGUUGUGAAGGUGCCUCCAUUCGCUGAAUCCAUUAGUGAGGGUGACGUUAAGUUCACUUGUAAAGUGGGUGACUCGUUUGCUGCCGAUGAAGCCGUCAUGGAGAUUGAAACGGAUAAGACGACGAUGCCAGUACAGGCACCCUUUGCGGGCUCUAUAACAGCGAUUCUGGUCAAGAAUGGGGACACUGUCAAAGCUGGCCAGGAGCUCUUCAAAAUGAAACCUGGCGCGGCGCCAGCCAAGGCAGCAGCUCCAUCAGAUGCAGCGACCGCACCAGGACCAGCUCGAGCACCAGCACCAGUUCUAUCAUCAACUCCAGCACCAGCCCCGCCGCCAGCUGCGCAAACUGUGGCCGCACCAGCACCAUCCCCACCGCCGCCAGCAGCAGCUGCAACAGCCGCCCCGAAACCUGCACCCGCCGCGGGGCAAGUGCCUCCUAUUGUGGGCACACGCACCGAGCAGAGAGUCAAGAUGAGUCGCAUGCGUCAAAAGAUUGCGGCUCGCUUGAAGGAAGCUCAGAACACGUGCGCCAUGUUGACCACCUUCAAUGAGAUCGACAUGAGUUUCGCAAUGGAGUUCCGAAAGGCGAACCUCGACGCAUUCGUUAAAAUGCAUGGUGUUAAGCUCGGUUUCAUGUCCAUUUUCUCAAAGGCCACCGCAAUUGCUCUGCAGGAUCAGCCAGUGGUUAAUGCUGUCAUCGUUGGACAGGAGAUUGUGUACCGCGACUACAUAGAUAUUUCAGUGGCAGUUGCCUCACCACGUGGCCUCCUUGUGCCUGUGAUACGUGGUGUAGAGAGUAUGAAAUACGCCGAUUUUGAGAGAGCCCUGGGUGAUUUGGCUGCUCGGUCACAGCGCGAUGCCAUCACCGUUCAGGAUAUGGAGGGUGGCACUUUCACCAUCAGCAACGGUGGUAUCUUUGGGUCUCUAAUGGGCACUCCCAUUAUUAAUCCACCACAGAGCGCUAUACUCGGCAUGCAUGGCAUCCUUGAGCGUCCCAUUGCUGUCAAGGGAGAGGUCAAGAUACGGCCCAUGAUGUAUGUGGCCCUAACAUACGAUCACCGGCUCAUUGAUGGACGUGAGGCGGUGAUGUUUCUGCGAAAGAUCAAGUCUGUCGUUGAGUCACCCAGUGAACUGGCUACUGGCCUCUAAAAUGCUUAUAGACUAUUUGUGUAUGUGAAGUUAUCUGAAUUACAAUUCCAAGCAUAAGCAAAGCAGAGCUAAAUUCUUGGUAUGAAGUGGACGCAAAGUUGGGAUCUUAUAUCUGAUUUUACUGAAAAGCUUAAGCCCAAAAUAUUGUAAUUUUAAAAAGGACG